CUCUCUCAACUCACUGUCAAAGCAGGCGUUGAGUGCUCUUCUCUUUGCUUUUGUACAUAUAGUAGUAGGCUCUUGCAUUCCAAGUCAAUUCGCAUUUCCCUACCGCCCUUUUUUCCCAAAGAAAAGAAAAAAAGAUACUUUCUUUUCCUCUGGUUCCUUCAAUUGUUAACCGGUCUUUUUUUUCUUUCUGUAAAAUUGUACAGAGUGGAGAAAAACUGUUCCUUUUUAACACUCAACAACAAUCUCUUUUUUUUUUUUCCUUUUCCUUUCCCAAAAACAAAAGAAGAAGAACAGAAUGGAAUUGGAACUAUUACACGAAUUCGAUCAGGAGGUGCUCGCCCAUCCAGAGGAUGCACAAACGUAUGCCACCAAUCAGUUUUUGGAUGCUCUUACACACUUGAUUAAUCAAGACGCGCAAUCCGAAGACGAAUUGAAAAAUGUCAAGGAUGCAUUAAGAGCAUUCGCGACUGUGCUACCCCAUGUGUUCAAGACUGUGUGCCAAAACGAGGCCGAGACGCGUAUGUGGCAAAGUGCAUCCUCAUUAUCUGAUACCAUCGAAACAAAUCUCGUACAGCAUGCAAACACGGGUCUUUGUAUCAAUGCACUCAAAUGUAUCCAAGUCCUUGUCCUACUCUAUUCAAAGCCAAAUGAUCCAAACAAAAAGGAGGACUUUUCAUUGACAUCGGUUCGGCAAAACCAUCGGUUAUUGGAUAUCGCCCAAUUAGAAGAAAAAGGACAAUCCCUUUUACAAGUAUUCUUGGAUAUGUUAAAGAGUGAUCAGACGAGUGUCAUUUUUUCUGCAGUUGUCAAUUGUUUGGUUCCCAUUGUAAAGAAACGCCCGCAAUUCCGACGACACAUCAUCGAGGCACUCGUCAAUCUUGCCAAAGCGCCGCCGUCCAAUUUAUCUGCCGUACAAAAAAGAAGUGUUGAAAAGAUCGUAAAGAUUGCAUUGACAACACUGAUCCGCACUGAGCAACUCUCAUCGUAUCGCAAUGAAUUCAUAGCCGGCUUUGCAGCUGCGGGUGGCAACCCUGCGAUAUUCCAAAGUCGACAAUCACGAGAACGGGAAAGGAGAGAGAAUGAGGAAUCAAGGCGAUCCAAGCGAAGCGGAGGAAGCGCUGGAGCAGGAGCAGUUGAGCAAGGUUCUGAAAAACGAACCAAACUUUCUCAUCACGGAACACCACCCCAACAACAACAAAAGCUGCAACAACGCGUCCAUACACCCACUCCACCACCACCACCGACGACAACAACAACAGUACCACCACCACCACCGUCUCAAAACGGACCUAAUCCACUCGCCAAUUUCAAUGCCACUACACUGCCAUUGCCUAUUGUCAUUGAAAUCUGUCUGGCUGUGCUCCAGAGUGUUCCAGAACAAACCAUUCGUGAACGGAUUGAUAUGUUGCCGCCAACCGGAUUGAUGCCUAACAGCAAUAACCAGCAGCAGCCUUUACUACCAACACAACAGCAACAACCGAUGAUACCAGUAGCACCCCCUCCAGCAGCAGCAGCAGUAGGAACACCAUCCCAACCGCCUAUUCUGCAACCACCUUCACCGUCAUCCUCUAAAAAGCAUGAUCGUGAUCAAAAGAUCAUUGAACAACAGCGCGAAGCAAAACGGCCAAGACGCGAUCAUAACGCUGUUACUGCUGCUGCCGAUACCAAAAUGCCAUCAUCGUCCUCUGCCAACAAAUCCCAUGUCCCUCUUGCCAGUGUUCAGGAACGCGCAUCCCAAUCAUUGAAAAUGCAACCCUAUGAAUUAGCAGCACCAUCGACACCUAACCGUGAUCAACAAUUGCAACUCUUAAAAAUGUCGGUUCAGCGUAUUUUUGAUGCAGAAUAUGCGUUACAAACGGCGACAAAAGUACCUGCUAAUACUGCUACCAACCCUGCUCAAAGUGAUCCAUCCUCCAAUACAGCAGGAACGCCACCAUCCGUACGAGCUGCAAUGAACCAUCAUCCUGCAAAGACAACCUGGUUAUUGCUGGUUGCAAAACUAUUGACGCGAGGAACGGCGUAUACGAUGCCUGAUCAACAACAACAACGGUUAAUACAACAAGCAACGACAGAAGCCAAUGGGAGCGAUACCAAGGAAAUGAAUAUGAAAAUGGCACUCUUGAAUGAAGAAGAUUCGAAUUCAGACCAUUUAAAAGAGAUGCUCGUUGAUUUCAUUGUUGCAGACCUUCCAUCAAGACACGAACUUGCCAUAGAAUGGCUUCAUGAAGAAUUCCAUUGUGACACGAUCCGAAAACGACAAUUGACACCCAACGACGACGGAUACGAACCGACGUAUUUCAAAUGGCUCCAACUGCUUUUACAAAAAGGGAUACCGACGCUCCAAGAAGCCAAGGACAAGACAUUGAGCAAACUCAUGUUGGACGCACCCGCGUUGAAUGCAGAAUCGAUUGAUUUGAUCCGGCGCAACAUGCGAGAGAAUCCUGCGCGGUUUGUGUCGUGUGUGUCGACACUCCGUGAUUUGGUCGCCCAUCGACCGCCGGUGCGACAAGUGUGUUUGAAUGUGUUGCUUGAUUAUUGUAUCAAUCGCGAUGUCAAGAUGCGGUCGACGAGUAUUGUGGCUGUUCGAAAAUGGGUCCCUGACCAUCCGGCGAUUGCACCGCAAGUCGAGGCAUAUGCUAUCCAGGCAUUGCAGACAUUGACACAAUCAGGUGACGACGACGACGAUGAGAAUGGACAGGAAAAACAAGACGUCGAGGAUGAACAGGGUGAUACAACCAUGACCACACCAGCAGCGAAACAAGAUGGACAGCAGGGACAGGAGGAAGAGGAUGAAGAUGCAGAGGCAUGGAAAGAACAAGAUGUGGUGCGUCAUGCUGAACUGUUUUUCGCUCUUUGUGCAAAAAAGAACGAUUUAUUAGACGAACUUUUCAAUGUAUAUAUUCAUGCAACGGAGCAAGUGCAACGCGUGAUUCGCCAACACAUUUACAACCUGAUCAAGUCCAUCGGCAUGAAUUCGGCUAAACUUCUGGAUACCAUUCGCCACUUUCCUCCGGGUGGUGAGACGCUCGUCAUUCGAAUUCUUGUCACACUCUGUGAUACGGUACGACCCACGCCAGAGCUUGUGGCAGCAGUAAAAUCUGUGUAUCAAGAACGGAAUCUUGACGCCAAGUUCCUUAUUCCGAUUGUUUCUGGUCUUAGCAAGGAGGACCUUCGUCACAAUCUUUCGAAAAUUGUCGAAUUGCUUAAUAACACCGAUGCUCAGCGCAAGGUCGUGAAGAAGGUGUUUUCACGCAUUGUAUCCAGCAGUGCAACAGUGGCUGCACCCAUGACGCCCACCGAGCUCUUGCUUGCAUUGCAUGAAAUGGAAGAGAAUGUACCGCUACCUAAAGCUGUUGAAGCAAUCAAUAUUUGCUUCACAAUGCCAGAUACAUUUGAAGCAAAGUACGUGUCGGCGGCGUUACGACAUCUUGCUGAACAGCCCAAGAUCCCUAUACUGCUCAUGGUCACUAUGAUUCGAACAGUCUCUGUAUAUAAAAGCUUGGUUCAGUUCAUUCUCCAACUACUGGAAAAACUGAUAAAGAAAAAAGUGUGGACGUAUCCAAAACUAUGGGAUGGCUUUGUGAAAUGCACUGAGAGAACGCAGCCCGAGUCGGUCAAGAUGGUGGCCAACCUGCCCGAAGCACAACUCAAGGACAUUUUAUUACGGAUACCCAGCAUUCAAUCGCCGCUGCGUGAACAUGCCGAAAGAAAUCAGCUGGUCAAAGUGCUUGUCCUGAUGAGCAAUAUGGGCUUGAUUCGUGACGAAGAAGACGAAGACGACGAACAAGAACAACAACAAGCACAAGAAGAACAAUAAAAAACAAUAAACUGCUCCCCCUCCAAACACACACACACACAC